UGGCUUUACGUCAGAGUCCACCAUUGCUUCUUUUCUUAUCUUUCUCUCUCUCUCUCUCUUUGUGUGCAAAAAAGAACUAUGCUUGAUAUUAAUGAAUAAUGUUGAUUCUUAUCUGCCAGUCUGCUACUACUUAGGACAAUUUUGAAGUGUAAAACUGGCUCCCCAUAGCUUCUUCUUCUUUUGCACACCCCAGAUUCCGCGAAACCCACCUUUCCUUGGUUCUCAGUGGAAGGUUUUGUUCUUUUGUCUUUUCUUCUGUUUGGGUGAAUUGGGUAAUCUGAAUUUUCAACAACAAACAAUUAUUAAGUUCCAUGGUUCAGUCUUGGAUUCCUUGCCUGCUGGCUCCUUGAGGUGUUUUGUCCGAUUGGGUGGUGUUCGAGGUUUUGGAGAAAUUAAGGAAACACUGCACACAACACAACUGUAACUUCAUCCAAGGCAAUAACUUCUCUUUCACGUCGAUCUUUUGCUCUCACUGUCAGAAUUUGAACUUGCCUUUUUUAUUCAGAAUCUCAAUUCAAUUCAUGGUGGCUCAAUUUUGCUGAAUUGGGCUAACACCUUUGAUUCAUCGCUGUGGGAUCUUUUGGUCAAUAUUUUGGAACUGUGAAGAUUUGUGUUUUAGGCUAAAUAUGAUGCUUGAGCAGGACUGUGCUGGUUUUAUUUAGUAGUUUUAUGCACUAGGGUGCUUCUGUGUUCCUACAAGGAAAUGCUUUCCUAUUGGAUUGCACUGUUUAGUUAGGCAUGGCUUUCACUGCAUUAUCCUUGGUGCUGUUGCUGCAACUGUCAACAAUUUUUGGCUCCGAGGUUGUCUUACAGUCAAAGGAUUGUGGCUCUGAUUGGGUGGCGCAUUCAUAUUCUAGUCAUGGUCAGGAUCUGUUCUACAUAAACGGCAAUGUAGUAAACAAAGUUGCUUUCUGUGAGGCUCUCAAAUUGUAUAUUGCAAAGGGGUGUGAUGUGAAGGACUACUUUGGAAGUGUCAAAUGUGUGAUGGAUGACUCUUUUGUGACUUUACCUUUAAAGGCAGGGAGGAAACUUUUGAAGGAUUUGAGCAGUGAAUCCACACCACAGAGAGAUUCUAAGCCUAUGUCAUCCAACGUAGUUGUUAUUGGUGCAGGGGGAGCUUUGUUGGUGUGUUGUGCUGUUCUUUGUCCUUGUUUCUAUGCCAAGAGACGUAAAGCAACUUCUCAUGCUGUUCUGUCCAAGGACCCAAAUUCAAUGGAUUCGGUUUCCUCCGAAGCCUCCGUUAAUGAUAAGAUUCCUGCCAGUCCACUUCGGGUGCCGCCUAGUCCGUCAAGAUUCUCAAUGUCUCCAAAACUCACUAGACUUCAAUCAUUGCAUCUCAAUCUGAACCAAGUUACAAGAGCUACCCAAAACUUCUCAGAAACAUUACAAAUAGGAGAAGGAGGUUUUGGAACUGUCUACAAGGCCAAGUUGGAAGAUGGCCUGGUUGUGGCUGUAAAACGUGCAAAGAAGGAACAUUUUGAUAGUUUGAGAACAGAAUUCAGCAGUGAAAUUGAACUUUUGGCCAAAAUUGAUCAUCGAAACCUGGUGAAGCUACUAGGUUAUAUUGACAAAGGAAAUGAACGCCUUCUUAUUACAGAGUUUGUGCCAAAUGGUACCCUUAGAGAACAUUUGGAUGGUAUGCGUGGAAAAAUCCUAGACUUCAAUCAACGCCUCGAAAUUGCAAUUGAUGUUGCUCAUGGCUUGACCUAUCUGCAUCUGUAUGCAGAAAAGCAAAUUAUCCAUCGAGAUGUGAAAUCAUCCAACAUUCUUCUGACAGAAAGCAUGCGAGCUAAAGUUGCUGAUUUUGGAUUUGCAAGGCUAGGACCAGUGAACACUGAUCAGACACACAUUUCAACCAAAGUGAAGGGAACAGUUGGUUAUUUGGACCCCGAGUAUAUGAAAACAUACCAACUCACUCCCAAGAGUGACGUUUAUUCAUUUGGAAUUUUGCUUUUAGAAAUUGUGACAGCCCGCCGUCCUGUUGAGUUGAAGAAAACUGUUGCAGAGCGGGUUACACUCAGAUGGGCCUUCAGGAAGUAUAAUGAAGGAAGUGUGGUGGAACUUGUGGAUCCUUUAAUGGAAGAAGCUGUAAACGGAGAUGUUCUGAUGAAAAUGCUUGAUUUGGCGUUUCAAUGUGCAGCCCCCAUUCGAACAGAUAGACCUGACAUGAAAUCAGUGGGCGAGCAAUUGUGGGCAAUAAGGGCAGAUUACCUCAAGAGUGCAAGGAGAUAAUAAGUGGUGGUAUUUGGUGAUGAUAUUGUGAGCAGGUGGCAACCAAUUGAAGCUGUCUCAGAAUACAAGACCUGAAUAAAAGUAACAAACUUAGACAAAAAAAAAAAAUGUACACCGAGGAACUUCCUUAUCUUGCCACUGGAGUACUUUUUUCUGUGUAGAGUUGGCACUGGAUUUUGUAAUAUAUGAAUUUGUUCUUUAGGAUGAAGAGCAAUAGCUAAUUUGGGUGAAUUCAUUAUCUAUGGUUGUGCCAGUUUUCAUGUUAUAGGAAUUCACUAGUGAAAAAUGGCUACUACAAAAAUGCGUGAAUUCCAGAACUUAAUUGCUAAAUGGAUCGGUUGCAAUUUGUCACAAUGGUAAAUGAUCCUUCUCCAUUUCUUUUCAA